UACAAUUGGUCGCAGAAGCGAGCGAGUUCGGGCGCCAUAUUGGGAAGGUCAAUAGACUAUUCCGACAUAAAUGUAGCAGCGGUCGUACAGCUGUUCAAGUCUGAUUGUCACCCCGGUGCGACAUUUAGGAAUAGUUCCUGUUAUUUUGGAUGAAAUGUCUACCCCUCCCCUGUCAGGGCCGGGGAUGGGAGCGGCGGCCGGGCCGGGGGCUUUCCAGGGAGCACAAGCAAAUAGCGCGGCCCGUGAAGUGAAUACCGCCUCCCUGUGCCGGAUCGGCCAAGAGACUGUUCAGGAUAUCGUAUUCCGGACUAUGGAGAUCUUCCAGCUGCUCCGUAACAUGCAGUUACCCAAUGGGGUCACAUAUCACACCGUCACCUACCAGGACAGACUGGGCAAGUUGCAAGAGCAUCUACGGCAGCUUUCAAUCCUGUUCCGCAAGCUCAGGCUGGUCUAUGACAAGUGCAACGAGAACUGUGCUGGGCUGGAGCCGGUACCUAUAGAGCAGCUUAUACCGUAUGUGGAAGAAGAAUACUCCAAGCACGAUGACCGGGGCAUUGCCAGCCAACUUCGCUUUGCCAGUGAGGAAAAGAGAGAGAUUCUGGAAGUUAACAAGAAACUAAAACAGAAGAAUCAGCAACUGAAGCAGAUCAUGGAUCAGUUAAGGAAUCUUAUCUGGGAUAUUAACUCAAUGCUGGCGAUGAGGAACUGAACUUCUUCACUAACUGCCUUUUGCUUACACUGUGCUGAAAUAUUUGUAAACAUAUUUUUUUAUUAUUAUUGUUACUUUUUUUUUUUAAAGAUAACUUUUUGCUUAAUAAAUAUUGUAUUUGGUACAAGAAA